AUGUCGGAGACAACAGAAAGGUCGGGCGGAGCGGGAGAGCGGAGCGACCACAUUCUCCUCUUCGCCGGCGACCAGUCCCUCCAGAGACCCUCCGAGAUGGGUAUCUCCACCGCUGGCGAAUACACAAAUCCCCGUUACCAGCGAUUUUGCCUGUACUGGGAGUUCUGUGUAUUGACCAGCGGCGGAGACACCUGUCUCGAAGGGUCUCUGGAGGGACUGGUCACCGGCGAUGAGGAGUAUGUGGCCGGCCCGCGCAAGGAGGGGCUACCUGAUUCCAUGCAGGUGCAAGAAGCAUCGGCAAGGAGGGGCUACCUGAUUCCAUGCAGGUUGUGUUUGAGUAAAGGUGAUGUUAUGCGGUGUUUCUUGAUGACUGGUGAGUUAGUGCCAGAACUGGAUACAAGUCAAUUCCUCAUGCAGAAGAUCCUGGCAGAGGCUUUCAGGUUCUGGACACAACCUCUUUGUGGCAGUAUGAUGCUUGAGCUAUUGAAAAUGGAUGCGAAAAGCCUUGGUGAGGAAUACGAGUCCUUUUUGUCUGAUAAAGCUGGGGAGUUGGAGUAUUUGCAGUCACUGGAACAGCAGAUUAAGAAACUUGAGGAUGUUACUCACACAGUCAAUUGUAUCUGUGGUUCAGAGUACAGAGUAGCAAUGGGCCUUUGUGCAUGACAUAGGCGAACAAAGAAAACAAUGAGAGUGCCCAGUUAGCACCAUUGGUACAUCUAGAGCUCCAGAUAGCUGAGCAGCGACUUCUCCCGCAUCAGCAUAGUGACCAUGAAUGACAUAGGGCCAAGUUGGCUUCCCCCCAUUGACUUGUUCGCCCAAGGCUCUUGCCAUGUUAACUAUAUGGUUCAGUGCACCGUCAACAAACUCAGGAGGACCACAAGGAAUACGGAUUACGUAGGCUCCGCAACUACCACUGCCAUCUUGCGGAUAUGAUAGCAUCUCAAUUGGUUCACCAUAGUUGGAAUCUACCUCAGGUGAAGUGAUCUGUCUGGUUAAGAGAUCGACACGGUAGACUCCUUUUGUAUUGGCUAGAGCUCGAGCAAGUUCAACUACAUAUUUUACCUGUAAUUGCACCCAAAAAAAAUGUGAAGUCAGUCAUGGAUAUGUGGCAAUUGACAGCUUCAUCUAUCAGCAGCAUCUAUUGCUUCAUCAGUUCAAGUGUGAAACACACAAGGGCAACUAGCUCGCUAUGAAUUUUAGCCCUACCUGGCCGCCAGUAUCUGAAUCUCUUCCGAGUUCCAUGUUGUCUCCACGUACCAAACCAUGCAUGCUACAAGCACAAUUCAGAAGGGGUGGCAUCUCCAGGUUCCUUCUCUCCUUCAGAAAGCUCGGAAAGAUCAUCUGCUGCAUCAUUACGCCCUUGCUCACGCUCUGCUCGUCUCCUUGCAAGUCUUUGUGCAUCAUCCCAUGCUAUCUGCAUAUUAUUCACAUUUCCUUUUGAGUCCGUAAUUCAUAGCUAGGUAAGGGCCUUUCUCUCCCUCUCUCUCUCUCGUGACGAAUGGUAAACUGUAAAUCCUAGUCUUGCCGUUACUUCAAUGAUACAUCAUCAUACAGUAGACGUUUAGGUAUCUCUUAAACCCAUUCAUACAGGUUAGUUACUUAGAUAACAAACCUACUCGCUUGAACAUUGGGUUGCAUUUUGCAUCAAUCAUGUCUAUGUAGAACUCUCAGUUUCCCUAUGUAUGGAUAGUGGGAGCGCAGUCAUCUCAUGGGAAUAUGAUACAGUGUAAGACAGGGAGGGAAGAAUGGGAAGUAGACCUGUUUCUUCUUCCGGGCGAGAUGCCAAAUGCGCCAGCAAAGGUUUUCAAGCCUGUUACUACGUUCACGAGUAUUCCUUGUUGCUAUCACCUGCCCACCACACCACAAAAGCAAAAACCACACAUAGAUCACAUGUCAUUCAUCACCAUGCCAACUCUUCCUGGCGGUCGGGGUGUCUCUUAUCUUAUUGCAUACUAGGUGAAAGAUGUUUGAAGUAUUGUUUUCUAGGAGAGCACAUUGAUUGUAUGAUUGAUUCUUGGUCUAGUAGCUUCUGCAAAAUGUGUCACUAGUGGCGGUGUUUCAAGUAUUAUAA